CCGCGAUGAUACUGCGCGGCUUUGGACCUUAGUUUUAAAUAAGAGGCUUGACACGCAAGCGAUCUCGUGCUACACCCUUGGUAUCGACGCCCGUGCAAGCACCAAAACCACAGAGCAUGAGCACUGCGACGACGACGACGACGACGGCGACGGCCCACGAGGUGCUGGCGCCCACGGCCGUGCCACUGCCGGCCAAGGAAGUGCCCACGGAAGUUCCGGCAGCUGCCGCGCCCGAUGCAUCGCCGACCGAGACUGUGACCACAGACGACGCCGAGGCCCCGAAGAAGGAUAAGCUGCGCUGGGGCAAGUGGACGCGCGAAGAAGAGGCGUACACAACGCGGCUCAUUGGCGACUUCACCGCUGGCCUUCUCACAGACGUGACGAACGGCACGACGAUGCGCAGCUGGCUCAGCGCCAAGUUGCGCUGCUGCCCGAUGCGCAUUAGCAAAAAGUUUGUCGGCGAGCAGAGCAUUGGCAAGCGCAUGUUUGAGCGCAACGAGUCGCGCAUCAACGACAUGAGCGACGACGAGAAGCUCCGCCGCGCUGCCGAGAUUGAGAAGCUCCACGACGACUUUUGCGAGAGCUGGAUCCGCGAAGAGAAGGAACGCCUCGAGAACAAGGCCAACGGCACGCGCAAGCGCAAGCGCAACAAGAAGAAGGACGCGAACGGGCUCCCGAUCCCGCCCGUCAAGAAACAGCAUACGGCAUCGACCACGCCAUUCCACGGCUUCAAGCCGUCGCUCAUGGGCACCCUCAAGUCGUCCAUGUCGUCGCCCAACAGCCAUCACUUUAUGCAUGCAUCAAGCCUCUCGUCCAUGCUGCACCGCCCGCCCAUGAUCAAGACGUCGGCGGUGCGCCCCCCUUUCAAUGUCGUCGCCAAGUCGUCGCAGUGCACAACGAUGCCCAAGAAGGUCUUGUCGCCGUCCGCGGUCAAGACCGAGGCCAAGCCGGCGCUCACGAUCAAGACCAGUGUCAAGCCGUAUGUGGCCAUGACGCCGCGGGGCCCUGUGAAGCGCACCAACAGCGUGCCCUCGAUGACCAAGCCAACGCAAGCACCGUCGUUGACACCAACGAAGAAGGCGACGGCGCAUGCAUCGACCCAGAUCCAGGAGCUGCAACUGCAACUGGCCUCGCGGGCCAAGAGCUUGAGCUUCGACAUGGCGGACCCGCUCAAGGACGACGACAACACGUUCGACCGGGACUUUCGCGAGCUCGACUUUAUGAGCGACUGCUGGAUCCCCGAGGCGCUCGGCGACGUCUCGUCGUUCGACCCAUUUGGCUUUCACGACGCCAACGCGCUGCACGCACCGCUCAAGGAAGAGGAGCUGGACGCAGCGCUCUCGCCGACGUCGGUCAUGGACCUCUACCACGUCGACUCGAUGUGGCCGCUCUCGUCCGCGGACGCACCCACCGCCGACGUCUUCCUCGCGCCGCUGUACGACUGCCUCUUUUAGGCGCGGCCUUAUUUAUGCUUGCCGAUCCGCCCUAAUUUCUUAGAGUCGAAUGGCGUGAUUCAAAUGCAAUGCAAUUUUUUUAUUUACA